GGCAGUGACGCAGGUAAGAUGGCGACGGCUACUUAAGUGAGUCCGUUGCUCAGGCUCUCGUAAUUGAGCUCUCGUGAGUCCGUCGUUCCCGCAGGCCGCCUCUUUCCUGGUGGGAGCUGGUCGCUGACCUGGCCUGAGGGCGGAGAGCUUCCCAGAGGCGCGGCGGCUGCCUCGCUGGCCCCGGUAAACCCUGGCCGCCCUUGGUCUUCAGUGGGGCGGGGAGAGUGCGCUGGCAGCACCCGCGCGAGAAUACCAGCUUUGCUCACCUACUGCCUGUCUGGUUGUUGAGUGAAAAUCCAAAGGAAGAUAGCUGUCAGCUGAGCUAUUAACAAUGAAACCACAGGAGUUAAUGUCCUUCAAAGAUGUAGCUGUCGACUUCAACCAGGAGGAGUGGGCUUUUCUAGACACAUCCCAAAGAAAGCUGUUCAGAGAAGUGAUGCUGGAGAAUAUCAGUCAUCUGGUCUCAGUGGGAUGUGAGGUCUGCAAAUCAAAUAUGUUUUCCCAGUUGGCAAAGGGAGAUGUAGUGUGGAGAGAAGGAAUGGAAUUUCUCCAAAACCAUAGCCCAGGCAUGAAAAUUGCCUGUAAAAAGCAAGAGAUGAUAUUAAUGCAACUUAUCUACAGGAAGGACCAUUCUGAGGACACCUCAUUGAUAUCUGACACUCAGAAGAAUUCCUUUACAUGUGAUUACUUGCAUGAAGAUUCCACCCUCAGAUCCACAGUGACUCAACAUGCAUCAAUUCCCAUGAGAAAGAAACCAUCUUUAAGCAGACCACUUGGAAAAGUCUUCAGUGAUCAGCCUUUUAAUAAACAUAAGCAGAGUCACACUAGAGGUAAAUCCUAUGAAUGCCAUCAAAAUGCUACAGUCUUUAUUAAAUAUGCUGGCCACAAAGAAUACAAUAGAACUCAAACUGAAGAUAAACCAUACAAGUGCUUUCUAUGUGGGAACGCAUUCAUUGGAUUUACUGACUUUCGACAACAUGAGAAAACAAACACUGGAGAGAACCCUGAUGAAUGUAACCUGUCUGGAAGAGCCAUCAGUCAAUCUUCUAGUCAACAACAAAAUGAUAGUACUCACUCUGGAGAUAAACCUUAUGAAUGCAAUACAUGUGGGAAAGCUUUCAUUUAUUUUUCUAUCCUUAGAGUACAUGAGAGAACACACACUGGAGAGAAACCCUAUGAAUGCCAUCUAUGUGGGAAAACCUUCAGCCGAUAUUCUAAUGUUAGGCAACAUGAGAGAACACACACUGGAGAGAAACCCUAUGAAUGCCAUCUAUGUAGGAAAACCUUCAGCCAGUAUUCUCAUCUUAAACGACAUGAGAGAACACACGCUGGAGAGAAACCUUAUGAAUGCCAUAUAUGUGGGAAAGCCUUCAGUCAAUCUUAUUAUCUUAGACAUCAUGAGAGAACACACACUGGAGAGGAAUGCCCCGAAUGUUAUCUAUGUGGAGAAACCUUCAGUCAUUAUCCUCAUCUUAGCCAACAUGAGAGAACACACACUGGAGAAAAACCGUAUAAGUGCCAUAUAUGCAGGAAAGCCUUCAAUAGUUGUUCUGCCCUUAAACGACAUGAGAGAACUCACACUGGAGAGAAACCCUAUGAAUGUCAUAUAUGUGGGAAAGCCUUCAAAGAUUGCUCUACCCUUAAACGACAUGAGAGAACUCACACUGGAGAGAAACCCUAUGAAUGCCAUACAUGUGGGAAAGCCUUCAAAGAUUGUUCUACCCUUAAACGACAUGAGAGAACUCACACUGGUGAGAAACCCUAUGAAUGCCAUAGAUGUGGGAAAUCCUUCAUUGAUAUAUAUGCCCUGAGGCAACAUGAGAGAACUCACACUGGAGAAAAACCCUAUGGAUGUAAUCUGUGUGGGAAAGCCUUCACUCGACCUUCUAGUCUUCAACAUCAUGAGAGAACUCACACUGGAGAGAAACUCUAUGAAUGCAAUACAUGCAGGAAAGCUUUCAUUGAUUUUUUUACCCUUAGGCAACAUAAGAGAACACACUAAAGAAUCCCAAUGAGUGCCGUGCAUGUGAUAAAUCCUUAGUUCAAUAUUCUUAUCUUAAACAUGAGAGAAUGCAUGCUGGAGAGAAACCCUAUGAAUUCCACACAUGCCUUCAAUUAUUAAUAUUAGAGAAUGCACACUGGAGAGAAACCUAUGAAUGCCAUGUAUGUGGGAAAAUCUUCAAUAUUCUAAUCUUACAGAACAUGAGAGAACAAACAGCUGAAGAGAAACCUUAUGACUGCCCUACAUGUGGGAAGUCCUUCAGUCAUUGUUUUACCCUCAGACAACAUGAGAGAACUUAGUCUGCAGAGAAAACCCAUGAAUGUCAUCUAUGUAGGACACUUUUGCGCAUACUUCUGCCCUCAGGCAACAUGAGAGAAUGCACAGUAGACAGAAGCCAUAAGAAUGUCAUCUGUAUGGGGACACAUUAAUUUUUCUAAAUUUAGGUAACAUGAAAUUAUUCAAACUUGAGAGGAAACCUAUGAAUGUCAUCAGUUUAGGGAAGCAUUCAGUCAGUAUUCUCACCUUAGAUGGAAUGAGACAAGUCACACUACAAGUAUUGAAUAUGAAACAGAUUUCAACCAUAGUUUUAAACUUUAAACACAUCAGAAAAUUUACACACUGAAGAAAUGCUAUGUGAUCAAUACAGUAGUGUCUUUAGUCAUCAGUAAUAUUUUAGUUAAUAUAGGGAAACUUGUAUAGGAAUCCACCCAUAGGAAUAUCAUUUUUGUAGCAAAGUGUUAUUUGCUAAUGCAGCUGGAAUGCAAAACACCAGAAAUGGAUUUGCUUUUAUAAAAGGCAUCUGCUUGCUUCCAGAUUGCAUUUCAAAAUGACAUUCUUCAUAUAAAAAUGUAACUUAUGAGGGGUGACAAUGUGA